AUGGCUCCGCCAGCCAAACGAGGGAGGCGCAACGUCGUUGAGUCCGAUGAUGAGGAUGACCGACCCAAGACGAACACCCUCACGAAUUUCCUCCUCUCAUCACCCUCCAAAUCAGAAUCACGAGGCGCGACCGCAUCUCCCAGCCCAACGAAACCGCAGAAUCGCUUGCCUGAGAAGCGCCGAACUACCGCGGCGCCAGCUAUAUUCCAAUCCCGCAAUGGUUCGUCGAACAAGAGCACAAAGAGCCCGAGUACCAGUCCUGAAAAGUCCAAGAGCAGACCGACGAAGCGCGUCAAGGUGGAAGAGAAAGGCCGCAAUGGAAACCUCAUGACACUGUUCUCCAAGCAGGCAUCAAAGUCCAGCGCAAAGCCAGCUGCUCCCUCGAGGACGGUACCUCUCGACGACAUAGUAAGCGACCCGAUAUCCGAGGACGACGAUGUUGCAGAGCAGAAAGCCAGCACCUCGAGCAUUGUCGGGCAGAAUGCACGGAAACGGUUUCGAGACAACACGCCCGUCUCGUCGUCAACAGCGCUGGUGUCAAGCCAGAGAUUUCUCAAGCCUCCGCGCCCGAAUAAGCCGGCACCUCUCGACGACGACUUGCGACCGUGGUCGGAACGCUUUGGGCCCUUGAACUUGGACGAGUUGGCGGUACACAAGAGGAAGGUGUCAGACGUGAGAAAGUGGUUGGAGGACGUCCUCGCCGGACGUAUGCGCCAGCGGCUCCUGAUCCUCAAAGGUGCUGCGGGUUCGGGGAAGACCACCACUAUGCGACUUCUGGCAAGGGGCAUGGGCUACGAGCUUCUGGAGUGGAGGAAUCCAACCGGCGCUCUCGGCGCACAUCUUGGGUACACAUCGGCUUCCGCACAGUUCCAGGAAUUCCUGGGCAGAGGCGGGAAGUUUGGCCAACUGGAUACCGAUCUGACAACCGAGGCACCGCGUCCUGCCAGCGCGAAACCCGACUUGCCUGGGAAGAUCAUACUCGUAGAAGAGUUCCCCAACACCUUUUCAAGGUCUUCCACAGCCUUGACCUCCUUCAGAAACACGAUACUCGAGUACUUGGCAUCGAAUAUGCCGUCACUUUCAAACUAUGGGCGGCGGCCUGCAAAUGAGCCCAUCACGCCAGUCGUUUUGGUCAUCUCGGAGACACUGUUGACCACAACAUCAGCAUCGGCAGAUAGCUUCACCGCGCACCGGCUGCUUGGCCCCGAGAUUUUGCGGCACCCUGGGACACGGGUCAUCGAGUUCAAUGCCGUUGCGCCUACGCUGCUCGCGAAAGCACUGGAAUUGAUCGUGAUGAAAGAAGCACGCAAAUCCGGGAGGAAGCGCACGCCAGGGCCGCAAGUGCUGAAACGCUUGGGCGAGAUAGGGGACAUCCGCAGCGCAAUCUCUUCUUUGGAAUUCAUGUGCUUGAAGGGCGACCAAGACGCGGAUUGGGGAGCCAAAGUCGCCUUGAGCAAGCAGUCCAAGGGCGCCAAGGCGGGCAUCUCUCUUACCCAAGGAGAAGAAGAUACACUAGAGCUCAUUUCUCAGCGCGAGGCGAGUCUUGGCAUAUUUCACGCUGUUGGAAAAGUGGUCUACAACAAGAGGGAGGAAGCGCCCUCAACAUCGAAUCCAGCCGAGCGCUUACCCAGCUACCUCGCGCAUAACUCCCGCCCGAAGCCGUCAGAGGUAAUGGUCGACACGCUGGUGGACGAGACUGGCACAGAUACGCAGACCUUCAUUUCGGCUCUCCACGAGAACUACAUGUUUUCCUGCGAAAAUGUACCCCCCCUUGACGCGUCGACACCCCUGGAUUACGUCAACGGAUGCAUAGAGUACCUGUCCGAGAGCGACUUGCUUCUUCCGUCAUGGGACUCUUUCUCUGGCGGCAGAGGCUCUUCCAGCUUUGGCAAGGACUCGGGUAGCCAUAUCCUUCGGCAAGAUGAGAUUGCCUUCCACGUCGCCGUCCGUGGCAUGCUCUUCUCCUUACCUUCACCCGUCAAGCGCAAGGCUUCAACCGGUGCCAAGGGCGCGGACGCCUUCAAGAUGUUUUACCCAACUAGCCUCAAGCUGUGGCGGACAAAGGAGGAGUUUGAGGCCCUCGUCGAUAUCUGGUCGACGAAGCUCAUGAGGGGGGAAGAAAGCGCGCCGCGAAAGAGCCUCACCGAGGGCGCCAGUGCGUUUCGCCGGCCCAAGCAGGCGGAUGUGGGCAGCUGGAUGGCGAAUCACCAGUCAAAGCCCAAGUCGGCUCGGGAGACCUUAUCAAAGACGGACGCGAGCGCGGCACCGGCGCCGCUGCUAUCCCUCGGCAGCUCGGCCCGCAGGGAGAUGCUGCUCGAGCGCCUGCCGUACAUGGCCUCCAUCGUCCGCGGGCGCAGGUCGACGCUGCACUCCUUCAAGCUUAAGGAUCUUGAGAAGGUUGUUUCCUUUCAGGGGAUUGGUCCGCAGACGGGCGACGACGAGGAAACGGAUGCCGAGGACGCGCCGGAGAAUGACGGCGUCAUGACGGGCGAUGCGUGGGCUACUGAUAAGCCGUCCGAGGAGGCGUCGCCGCGGAAGAAGGGCUCUGCUUUCCGGCACAAGGGCGAUGGGUCGGUGGCUGGUUUGGCGGUGCAGAACCUAGUCAUUAGUGACGAUGAUAUUGAGGAUGAUUAA